AUGGUUAUGGGUUGCAAGAGGGAUUUGAUUUGUUCUUCUGUGAGUCUAGGCAGCGAGACAUUGUUGAGGUAGUGUUCAAUAUCUAACCGUGUGGGGUUUAUGUUUGGGUCGUUCUAUAGGUUAUACAGGUUAGAGUAGAAGUCCGCAAACACCUGACUAAUCGCUCGGGGGUCAAUAUGUUUCUUACCCUUCACGUCAACGAUGUGAGAGAUCUUAGACUGUGCCAACCUGGCUCGGAGCCUGGCCGCAAAACAUUUGUUCCACACCCUCACGUCCGCCACCUCGCCCGUCUCAUUGUCAUUAGUGCCUACUGGACCGACUCCCGAAAUAGUUCGUCGGUCAGCAGCGACUCAUUGAGACGCCAAUGUCCACUAGCCUUAAACUGA